ACAAACGUCAAUAUCGAACUUAGGGCUGCAACCUGCAAUUACCAAUGUUAAUGCCAUUUCCUCGUACGCUGUUCUAUUCCUACUCUGUACUAUUACAAAACACUCUACAUUCAUUCCUCGCUCUGAAACUUCAAAGUGACAUUCGCAAUUUCAUCAACAAUGGCCCUGCUUCAAUCACCACUUUUCCAUAUAUCAAAUCAUUCGAUUUCUCCAUCCAACUCGAACAACACGCAAAUUUCCAAAUUCAUUCUUUUGAGACUCUCGAAUUCAUCAAAGUUCGUAUCUUUAAAUCAUUCAAUUGCAAAAGAUGAUCAAAUUUUCAUAAUCAAAUGUACCGGACAAGAGUCCAUCAUCAGAACAGCUGAUGGAGGUGACGACAAAGGAGGAUUUCCACCUGACAACGGCGGCAGCGGAGGUGACGGCGAUGGAGAUGACGGUGAUUACGAAGAGGAAGAAUUUGGACCGAUUGUAAAGUUCGAUGAGGUGAUCAAAGAGGCUGAGAAGCGAGGAGCGAGUUUGCCCAGUGAUAUGUUGGAAGCUGCUAAGACUACAGGGCUCCGGAGUUUGAUUCUUAGUCGUUACUUGGAUUUGCAGGGUUCAGCUUGGCCGCUGGGAUUUUUUAUGAGACAUUGCUCAAUGCUGAGAAAUCGAAUGCUUGCUGAUCCGUCGUUUUUGUUUAAAGUCGGAACAGAGAUUGUUAUCGACUCUUGUUGUGCAACAUUUGCAGAGGUUCAGAAAAGGGGAAAGGAUUUCUGGGCAGAGUUUGAGUUGUAUGCUGCAGAUCUUUUAGUUGGAAUUGUUGUUGACGUUGCAUUGGUAGGCAUGUUGGCUCCUUAUGUCCGAAUAGGCAAGCAGUCCGUUUCAAGCAGCUCUUUCGGACGCUUUCGACAUGCUUGUGGAGCUCUCCCAAGCAGCGUUUUUGAAGCUAAGAGGCCAGGCUGUAAAUUCACAUUGCAGCAGCGUAUUGCGACAUACUUUUACAAGGGAUUCUUGUAUGGCUCAGUUGGAUUUGGGUGUGGCCUCAUUGGGCAGGGCAUUGCAAAUUUGAUAAUGACUGCUAAGAGGAGCAUCAAGAAGUCAGAAGAGGACAUACCUGUCCCUCCUUUAAUAAAAAGUGCUGCACUUUGGGGUUUUUUUCUUGCUGUUUCCUCAAAUACUCGAUACCAAAUUAUAAAUGGGCUGGAGCGCUUAGUUGAAGCAUCACCUGUGGCAAAACGUGUCCCACCUGUUGCGAUGGCCUUCACAGUGGGUGUUCGCUUUGCUAACAAUAUUUAUGGUGGGAUGCAGUUUGUGGAGUGGGCUAAGGUCAGUGGAGUGCAAUAAGAGAAUGUGUUGCAAAAGAAUGAAAAUUUUUCUUUCAGAUAUUCCAAUGAUGUUUCAAUUUUAUAGGAUCGUUCAAUUAGAUAGUUUUUUCAUUAAAUUCUCACCCAACACCUCUAUUAGAACAGAAAAAACAGUUUGGUAUGCAAAGCUUUCCUAGCUACGCAGAAUGUUAUUUUAUCAAAAUCAGGUUCUCAUUUCUUGAAUAGCAGCACCAAAUGUCAGCCUGUUAAGAUCCAUUAGUGGCAUGCUAGAAGCCUGUUGAAAAUAUUGUAUGCUACCCAGGAUAUUUCUCUUAGUGUAUGUUGCUAGUUUUCCCUUAA